AUGACUGACUACCGGUGGUGGCGGCUGGCGUGCUACGAAUGCAAACAGUGCUACGAAGAAUUCGAAACCCACUCAGCCAGGAAAACCCACGUCCGAAAUGUCCACCAGAAGCAGGUACGUCGGUGCACGCUGUGCGAUGGCUCGGCGAUCACACUCGAAAGGGCCGACGACCAACACUUCAGCUGUCCCGCGAUUACAUGCUGCUUCAAAUCUACCCGGCCCAGGACUCUCCAUUAUCAUGUCAAACAUUGCGUGCAAGUAAUUCGCUGGCCAUACUCAGCCCAAAGGGCUUUCGAUGUCCAUCUCCAAUGGUGUCAGGAAAACCUACAAGAUCUGGAUGAACUCAAGAGAAUCAUGAACACGUCGGUCGAAGAACGGUAUCAUCGAUGGCAACCUCUUCUACAAGCUUGGUUGGAAGACCGAAUGCAAAAGCUGGACUGUGUAUCCUCGACAACCAGAAAAUCAGCCCUAGCCUCGUCUCAUAAACAGCUGCAUAUUCAAGCAUCUAAACGGUUGCGUCCGCUUCAGCAGGCUUCGUCCGCCGUCGCUUAUUCUACGACUCUAACAAAGCUCCUAGCCUUCACUCUCCUCUGGAGUCACCACGAGAUUGCAAAAUGCUGGAACCCAGAGCAAGAACCACUGAUGGAUCUAGUAUACGAAUUCUUCCGGACAGCUCACUCUAAUCCUUACAACCAAGAGCCCAUUUUUCGAUCGAUCGACCGGCUAGUCGUCCACUUCACCUCAUUCUCCAAUCAAACCACCAUUCGGCCAACCCUUCCACCCAUCCAAUCCGCACUCGAACAGUUUAUUGCCCUCUCUCUUCACAACGGCCAUCAAUUGUCCAUCUCCGAUCCCAAGUUGUUCCUGUUGAUCACUCACCUUGAACAUUGUAUCCAAUUGGCAACCGUCUUCCUUUUCUCGGCCGUUGAAGCCUUCAUAGAGCCACAUCUCACUCAAACUCCAGCCCUUGAAUCCUCCCAAGUCAAAAGAUACAUUACAAACUAUCGAACAAUGUUAUUUCAGCCACUAUAUGAUCAUCGCUUCCAUUCACCUCUCAUCAUCCUGCGCGCAUGGAGGCGAUUGGCGCGUGAUAAGUUGUAG